AUGGAAGGUAGGAUCCAAGCUCUAGUAUCAAUGAUUCUGAUCGUGACACUAUGUGCCACUAUACUAUUGCAGCCGGGCUUGGCCGAGGUGCAAGUAACACCUCAAUUUACUUCCUUUCCUGGCUCCCCUAUAGAUCUCACAAAAUGUUGGUCAUCUCUCUUCAGUGCUGAAGAUUGUGUAAUUGACAUCUACAAGUUUUCUGUAACCGGUAAGUUUGGUAUUAACCAGGCGUGUUGCAAGGCGUUUAUGGAUAUGGAUGAUAAGUGUUGGCCAAAAAUGUUUCCGUUCAAUCCAUUCUUUCGUCCUCUUCUCAAGAAUAGUUGCUCUCGUAUCAACGGAGUUGUUCUCACACACACCACACCUCAUCAAGUCCCUACCAUUCCUGGGGUUUCUCAUCCCGGUUCUCCAGUCGAUCUCACAAAAUGUUGGUCAUCACUUACCAGUGUUCAAGGUUGUGUAACUGAAAUCUACAAAUCAGUGUUCACGGGAAAGUUUGAUAAUGUUGGACCAAUGUGUUGUAAGGCAGCUUCGGCUGUGGAUGCGAAAUGCUGGCCACAUAUGUUUCCACUAAAUACAUUCUUCCCUCGUCCUCUCAAAGAAAGUUGUUCUCGCAUCAUCAAUGAAGCAGAACCUACGCACAAAUGA